AUGGCGCCCACUCAGGCUGAAAGGAGCCGCAAGAUCAGCGAGGAGAUUAGAAAGCAGUACCAAGAUAAGAACUUCCGAUCGCCGAAGGACUACACUCCUGCGGAAGCUGCCGAGUUUGCCAAAAUACGAGAGAGGACGUUCGCGAAGAGAGAGAAGCUUCGAUCCCAGGAUCGCGACACCCAACCUUCACCUGACGACAUAUACAAGGAUGACGGCGAACUUCUUGAAAAUGCACUGCAGACUGCUGUAAGCAUAGAGAAGUAUUGGCUGUGGGUGCACAAGGAGGACAUGGGAUGCCAGAAGAUGCCUGAACCUGGAACGGCCGAGAACUACUUCAAGACGCUCGCGCACACUAACUACGCAGAUGAUUCAUCUAUGAGAAAGCUGGACGCAGUGAUCAGGGCAGGUGUCUCUCCCAACAUACCCGUGGGGUCUCACAAGGGUUGGCGUUACCGACUCAGCCCAAGGAAUGCCACAAUAUGGCCUGAUGAUGAUCAAGUCGACUGGGAAGACACACGCGAAUUCGCCGAUGAAGACAUCGUUGCGAUCAACCUACCCCGCGGACAAAGGAUCAAGUACACAGACGAGACAAAGGAUCACGACGCGAGUAUGCGCGCUGACGAUACGAACGCCUCCCAUUCCGGUAGCUCCAGCACCAACAACAGCGUCGUGGGCAACGAUGCCACUGGAUUCGUAUUCCUCCAACUAGGAAUACUCUAUGCACUUGAAGAGAAAUACUGGUCGGACGACGGCAAACUACCCGAGAAUCCAAACAAGUCAAAGUUCUCAUGGACAUCGACAGACUGGGUCUUAGUUGUCGUAAUCAAUUCGGAUAACACGUCUGGCGCUGUUUGGCUGCUACAGAACUUCGAGCCGACCGUUGAGAACACGUCUGAUCAGUACAUGAUCGACGAGGCGGAUCCCUACGAAUGGGGUUACUUCGAGAGCGAGUUACAGAAGGAUUCCCGGCCAAUUCAACGUGGUGGUGUGAAGAUUGCGGAUAAGAUCACUGAUCUCUCUGAUCACUUUCAGUGGACUAUGGAUGAGUACAUCACUUGCAAGUACGAGAUCAGGAGGGCAGUACUAGAGGAGCGUGGUGAGGGUCAGGCGCCUGUCAUCGUCAGACAGCAGUUCCCAGUGAUCGAGGAGGACCAAGUGCCGGAUGUCUCGGGACUGAGCAUCGGGGACUCGAACUAA